AUGCCUUGCUCUUGUCUAUGCUGCGCAGCGCUUGCGACACUACUUCCUUGCUCACAAGUUACAACUCAUAGUAAAGUCCGAUCCCGUAAGAUAUCUGCUCACAAGGCCGGUAUUAUCCGGUCGUCUCGCACGUUGGUUAUUGCAGCUUUCGAAUUUGAUAUCAUAUGCACAACUCCUAAGGCCAUCAAGGGACAAGCUGUGAUUGACAUGCUAGCUCUAUUCCCCGAAGUAGAAGGAUCAACCCUUUCCAAGGAAGUCCUGGGAGAGCUGCCGGAAAUGGUUGCUACUGUUACAGAGGAGGAACCAUGGACCCUCUACUUUGAUGGGUCUUCCACAUCAAAAGGUGGAGGGGCAGGGUUGUGCUCAUUAAUCCCUAUGGGCAAGCUACGGCUCUCUCAUUCAAGCUAG